GCCCGACUUGCCCCCCCGCCUGGCGCGCGCCAGUGCCGCCGCGAGCGCAGAUCUGGCCCCGGCGGCGGAGGGCAGUCGGGCUGGCCCACGCCUCCUGGACCAUUUUACACGGUGCAGGGCCGCUCCGGCGGCGCUCCCCGCCGGGGCCCCUCCCGGGCAGUGCGAUGGCCCCCGCGUCGGCGGCUGCCGCCCUGGCCGCGGCCGCGGCGUGUGCCCGUGCGGCCGCCGCGGCGCCCCAGGCCUUCUACUUCGAGAAGGCCACGCAGCAGCUCGAGGACACGUAUUGGCCCCUCUUCGCGAAGCUCUUCCUCACAGAGGGUAAGGACGCGACUUACCCGAUGCCUCCUUCUGAGAAGGUGGUCGAUCUGCUCGAGGGGCUGCAAGGCGUCCCCGGCCUCGCUGUGUUCACGGACCCAGGCCAGCUGCCCAGGGGCGCCGCCGGGGGUCG